AUGACGGAUAUUUUUAUCUCGCCUGCGGAGGAUCUCUAUCUCGUGACGGACUGUAUUAUGACCGACCUUCAUCGCCUGAUUCAAUCAACAUUGAAACCGCUGGAUGGCAAGUUCAUCCAGUUCUUUACUUACCAAAUGCUGCGAGGACUCAAAUUCAUUCAUUCGGCUGGUGUUAUCCAUCGAGACCUCAAACCCAGCAACAUUUUGAUCAAUGAGAAUUGCGAUCUGAAGAUUUGCGACUUUGGACUAGCUCGAGAACAAGGUCACCAGAUGACCGGCUAUAUAUCCACGCGAUACUACCGAGCCCCAGAGAUCAUGUUGACUUGGCAAAGAUAUAGCUAUGCGGUCGAUAUUUGGAGCGUUGGCUGUAUUGUGGCAGAGAUGCUCCUUGGAAAGGUCCUGUUACCUGGAAAAGACCAUGUGGAUCAGUUCAGACUGAUCACUGAGAUGUUCGGGAAGCCACCCAAGGAGGUUAUGGAUGAGGUUUACAGCAAGACAACAACAGAAUUUGUGGAAUCCUUGCCUGAACCAAAGUCUCGGUCACUUCAAGCUACCCUACGAGGAGCUGACCCUCAAGCUGUCAAUCUCUUGGAAAAAAUGCUCGCAAUCGACCCGCAAAAUCGUAUCACAGCGGCGGAUGGUCUAACUCAUCCAUACGUCUCGACCUAUCGAGACUCCAACGAUGAACCCGAAUGCGAAAAGAAAAUAGACUGGUCUUUGUUGGACUCGGAACUGACCGCGGAGGAAUGGAAGACCCAAAUGUAUUUCGAGGUCUUGAACUAUCAUCGUGGCUCUUGUAAUUGGGAAGACAAUGAUGCUAAAGCUCAUGAGGGAAAUAUUGAGCAUUGGCUGCGAAAUGAAAUGGUAGAAACAUAUUAA